UGAGCAGUGCGCAAACCUGCGCAUGCGCGGCGUUGAGGCGCGAUGGCAGGUGUCGGGGUCCGGCGGCUACCGGCGAUGGUGCGGUUUGCGCUGCUGGUGCUUACUGUGUGCGCGGCGGGUGCCCGCGGGCUCUAUUUCCACAUCGGCGAGACUGAGAAACGUUGCUUCAUCGAGGAAAUACCCGACGAGACCAUGGUCAUCGGCAACUAUCGAACCCAGAUGUGGGACAAGCAGAAGGAGGUCUUCCUGCCCUCGACCCCUGGCUUGGGCAUGCAUGUCGAAGUGAAGGACCCGGACAGCAAGGUGGUGCUGUCCCGGCAGUAUGGCUCCGAGGGCCGUUUCACGUUCACUUCCCACACACCCGGUGACCAUCAGAUUUGUUUGCACUCCAACUCCACCAGGAUGGCUCUCUUCGCCGGAGGCAAACUGCGUGUCCACCUGGACAUCCAGGUUGGGGAGCAUGCCAACAACUACCCUGAGAUUGCUGCUAAGGACAAGCUAACGGAGCUGCAGCUUCGAGCUCGCCAGUUGCUUGAUCAGGUGGAACAGAUCCAGAAGGAGCAGGAUUAUCAGAGGUAUCGUGAAGAACGUUUCCGCCUGACCAGUGAGAGCACCAACCAGAGGGUCCUGUGGUGGUCCAUCGCCCAGACUGUCAUCCUCAUCCUCACUGGAAUCUGGCAGAUGCGCCACCUCAAGAGCUUCUUUGAGGCCAAGAAGCUGGUGUAGGGCUCUUGCCAUGUAACCUUUCCCUUUUACCUCAAUUAUUUGAUAAUCUCCCUACCUAGUCCCUGUCCACCUGGCUUUUGAGGAGGAAAAAUGAAAAAACAAUGUGUCACAUUGGUAUCGUGGCAGUAAGCCAUUGAGAUCAGCUACCUUUUGACCCUCCAAGAAACAAGCAUUGGCCCGAGCUUUCCAAAUCUGCCUUAGGGUUUGGGAGACGUUGGAAUUAACCCAAGAUCAAGUCAUUUCUUUUGCCUCUGGUGUUCCUCUGUUUUUGAAGAGAUGUCCAAAUGCUCUUCUGUUUGUCUGCUUGUUUAGUAGGCAAUUGGCAUGCCCCAUGGAGGAGGCCCUGCCUCAGUGUUCCUGGGUUAGUCCUAAGUUCUCUCAAAUCUUUGUGAAUGUAAAUAAGGGGCAGUUCUUGGCCCUGAAGGACUGAGAUGUUUUUCUAUAUUUUAGAACUAUUUUUGGAUAAAUUAUAUAUUUUCCUUCCUGGUUGAAUCAUCGCUGCCUGUAACUAUCCAAAAACACUAAUCCAGACCUUAUGCAUUGUACUUAUUCACACGUUUUGAAUAACCACCCUCAAGUGCUCAGACUCAGCAGUCUGGGGCCAGAAAGCAGGUACGGUAGUUACUCUAAAGUCCGUCUUAGAAGGCCAAGAGGAGCUCUCUUGAACAUGUGUGAGUCCAGUCCCACAGGGUCACAGAGUCGGAAAAGAGUGACAGUGACUCAGAGCAGGCUCGGUCCCUCUGCUUUCACGUAAGCGAUGGAAAGUGUUUUGUGGGUUCUCUUUUGCUUUUGAGACAGUCUCGCACUGUUGCUCUGGCUGGCCUGGAACUCCCUAUGUGCACUAGACUAGCCUCAGAUCCACCCAUGUCUGCCUACCAACUGCUGUGAUUAAAAAGGCAUGUGCCACCACACCUGACAGAAAUAUUUUCUUCAAGGGAACCGGAUUUUGAUUCUGGAUACAGAUUUUUUUUUCCCAAUGAAAUAAAAUAUAGUAGCUAUGUUUGAUUUAAAAUAAUAGGUUGUGGGCAAAGGGGAUGCAAAAAAAAA